GUCCGAGGAAAACUCCUCCUCCCCCCAAUCCAGACCCUCCGAUUCCGCCUCUGGGGCUGGAAGCAUCGGCGUCUUUCUCCUCUGUCUUUGGGGGCGCUUGUGGGGCAGCAUCCAUGGCUUUUGCUGGGCUCCCCCUGAUGCUGCUGGUGGGGGCGCUGGCCCGGAUCCCCGGAAGCGAAGGGGGGAAGGAGACCCCCGCCCAUUUCCUGUACCAGCAGAAGUCCGAGUGCCGCUUCCUCAACGGGACGCAGCGGGCGAGGCUCCUGGACAGGUACUUCUACGACCGGCAGGAGAUUCUCCGCUUCGACAGCGACCUGGGGAAGUUCGUGGCCUUCACAGAGUUGGGGAAGGUGGAUGCGGAUCGUUUCAACAGCGAUAAGCAGUAUCUGCAGUACCUGAAGGCCUCUGUGAAUCGCUUCUGCCGGAACAACUACAAGGCUCUCCAGAGGAAUUCUGUGGUUGGCCGGAGAGCCAAGCCCACCGUCACCAUCUCCCCCACCAAGAUGGAACCUGAUUCCCCCAACAUCAUCCUCCUCUGCACCGCGACGGGCUUUUACCCCGUGGAGAUCGAAAUCCAGUGGCUGAAGAACGGCCAAACAGAGAAGGAGGGCGUGGCCUAUGGGGAGGAGCUACAGAACGGAGACUGGACCUACCAGCUCAUGGUGAUGCUGGAGACCCAGCCCCAGCGGGGGGACGUCUACACUUGCAAGGUGGAGCACGCCAGCCUGAAGGACCCCAUCACUGUCGAAUGGGAGCCCCGUACCUCCAGCUCUGCCAAGAGCAAACUCUGGACGGGGAUAAUGGGAGCUGUGAUAGGAGUGGCCUUCUUUGCGGUGGGGCUCUUCUCUUACCUGAGGGCCAAGAAAGCAAUUCCCAUCCAACCUCCUGCAGCACUCAUGAAUUAAUCCUGCUCUCUGAUGCAAAAGGAAAUUAUUUCUUUAGUAGCUGAUGAUUCUUUGUUCUGUUUGCAACCUGUGAAAAAUGGAGGCUGAAGUUCACUUCAAGUGGAGAAACAGGAAAUGUUGCAAUCACUUCAAUCGACAAAACAUUGUUACAAGCAAGAGCAAAAAAGUUUCUAAGGCAGUCCAAAAAGUUUUUUUAAAUGUUUCUUAGGGCAAUCUUGUGAAAGUAGAAAAAAUAACCUCACCACAUGGAACGAUUUCACUUCUUUUCCUUCGGGAGCCAUCUCUGACUUUGUCAGCAUGGGGCCUGCCUGUUUGCUGCUGGUUGGAAGCGCUUCCCUUGGAUCGAUCUGGGACUUUGCGGUGUCCCUGCGACCAGCAAGGCUUUGUCUUGCUAGUCACCAUCUCUUCGGGCUGGUUUAGGUCCUGCCAGGCCGCCCAGGGGCAAAAGUGUCAUCGGCAGACUCGGACUGUCGAGUUCGCAUGAUGUAUCAUUGUGAUGUUGGCUUCUCCUCUGAUCUUUUUUCCUCUAUUUUAUUUACUACCCUAAUAUUUUUUUUGGCUUAAACUAAAACUUUUUUUAUUUUAACAAACUUCUCCUUCUGUUUGUUAUAAAAUCAUACUAAAGAUACGUAAGGAAAAGAUAUAAAAAAAUAGUUGAGUCUUCCAUUUGGAAGCCUGAGUCUGAAGGUUUUUUUUGAAACAAUUUAUCCUUUGUUCAUUCCUAUUUGACUUCACUGACUUUGUCCGAAGGAAGGGUUGGAACUUGUUUAUAAAACCUGAUAAAGACUCAAGGACACGAACAGUGUUUUGCAGGUGCUCUUGGAAUAUAUUUUGGCAAGAGAAGGAAAAAGAAAGAAAAAGAGAAGAACCUUUCUACUUUGAAAAUCUCUUCAAAAAAGUUUGACAGGCUAGAGUGGCAGUAAUUAUCAGAUUCCUCUUUUUCUUUUUCUUUACAUUUCUUUUUAUUUGGA